AUGGCUGGAUCUUACGUGAAGAAGGCGAAUACCCCGUCGAAAAGGCCAUCAGCCUCCAAACCCUCCUCGGUCAAGCGAAACACAAGCAUAUUGAACUUCUUCCAGAAAACCGACACGCCACAAGGAGCCGUUUCAAACCAGGCUCGAAUUACUCAAUUUGCGACACCUUCUACGCGCUCGCCCAGCAGCGGACGGGGUACACCAACGAUUCGAGGAAAGAACUAUAAGAAUGAUACUUCUGAGGGAUUGUUUUUGGAAGACAGAAAAGGACUGGCGAAGAUCGAACAAGCGGCACUGGCUCAGACGAACGGAGUGCGAUCACCUUCACCUGACAUCUGGGGUGGCGAUGAGGAGUUCCUGAAGGACGAUGAUCAGAUAUUCACUGGCGAAUCAGAUGUCAAGCGUCGCAAAGUCGAAUCACCUGUCACGGAAUCUGUACAGCUUCCCAACGCCAAAUCGAAUACUCUGAAAGCCCCGCCACCGAACAAGAUUCAGAACCGAAGUGGGCCGUUUAUUGACGAGUCGGAUAGCGAAGAUGACAUGCAAGCAUACCGAGAGCUACAAGAGACAACUCCCGCCACAGACGCAAAAAGAAGAGAGGCACUGCUUAUGGAUCAACCAAAAAUACCCAUGGCAUACGAAUCCAACCCUUCACCUCCGCCAUCGGUAAGAGCAGCCACGAAUAAUGCCGAUAAUGAUGAAUACGGGAAUUUUGACAAUAUAGAAGACGACGACCUUAUAGGCGUCUUUGGGGAAGAGUUUAGAGAACGACCAUGGGAGACCGAAGAGCAGCAAAACGAACUCGAGGCGGAUGCAAUAGAUUGGAAUGAUUAUUUGGGACCAGAAGAGACCGAGGAUGGAGUGAGCUUGUGUCCUAUCUGUCAGACGGCACUCAAGGGCUUGGAUCAAAUGGAUAUCGCAGUGCAUGUCAACAACUGUCUAGAUGGCAAGCCAGCUUCUGUCACAACAAGUCCCACUCCGCAGCCGACUUCCAACCAACCUUCGAAACAGAUGGACAGCGACAAAGGGCUGACGCGAAUCGAGCGAGCCGCUAUAGCUAGGCCCGCACAACCUGAUCCGUACUUGCAGAACAAGCCCAAUGGAGGGUCAGCGUUCUCCAAGAUGAUGGCGGGAAAUGCAGAAGACACGGCCUGGGCUACCGCUGCCGCUAAUGAAGUAUCAUCUCGUGGCAAGCAAGCCUACCAGCGGACUUGCCCUUUCUACAAAAUCAUGCCUGGAUUCUCAAUAUGUGUAGAUGCAUUUCGCUACGGAGCUGUUGAAGGAUGUAAUGCCUAUUUCCUUAGCCACUUCCACAGUGAUCAUUACAUUGGACUAAGCAAGAAUUGGUGCCACGGACCUAUCUAUUGCAGUAAACCUACUGCAAAUCUUGUCCGUCAACAACUCCACGUCGAUCCCAAGUGGGUAAUUGAUCUGGAAUUCGAAUCCACAUCCGAGGUGCCGAAUACGGGAGGUGUAAAGGUCACCAUGCUACAUGCAAAUCAUUGUCCUGGCAGCUCUCUGUUUCUUUUUGAGAAGACUUUUGGCAACGGACCCAAUCCCCGUCACCAGCGAAUACUACAUUGCGGUGAUUUUAGGGCAUCUCCACUACAGGUGCAGCAUCCACUCUUGCGUCCGGAUAUCAUCAAUCCAAUCACUGGUAAGCAGCGGCAGCAACGCAUCGACGUCUGUUACCUCGAUACAACCUAUCUGAGCCCCAAAUAUGCAUUCCCCAACCAGCAGGAUGUGAUAACAGCCUGCCAAGAACUUUGCGUCCGUCUAGAUGAUGAGGUUGGGGUCGGACUCGAUCCAGCGAAGAGUCCAGGUGGAUUGAUGGGCAAGUUCCUUUCGGCUGUUCCAGGAAGCAAGGCACCAGACCGAGUAGCAGAAGUCGGCGGCCGACUCCUGGUGGUAAUUGGGACGUAUAGCAUUGGCAAAGAGCGAAUUUGUAUGGGCAUUGCAAAGGCACUCGGGUCCAAGAUCUUCGCAACCCCGCCAAAGCGACGGAUCUGCGCCUGCCUGGAAGAUCCAGAACUCUCUGAGUUGCUGACCGACAAUCCUCACGAAGCCCAAGUGCACAUGCAGACAAUUUUUGAGAUUCGUGCCGACACUUUAGCAGACUACCUCGACACCCUCAAACCACAUUUCUCCCGAGUUGUUGGCUUUCGGCCAACGGGCUGGACAUACCGCCCGCCCGCCGGGCGAACACUCCAGAACCCCCCAGUGCCCACCGUUCUACAUAGCGAAGAUUGGAAGACCCCAUUCACCAGUCAAAGCCUUACUCCACAACGCGGAAGUACGCGGGAGAGCGCUUGUUAUGGUGUCCCCUACAGUGAACAUAGUUCAUUCCGCGAGCUGACUAUGUUUUGCUGCUCUCUGCGUAUUGGCCGCGUUAUUCCCACUGUCAAUGUGGGCAAUCAGAAAUCUCGGGAAGCCAUGAAGACUUGGAUAGAGCGGUGGGAUGUGGAGAAAAAGAAGAACGGCCUGUUUCAAGUGAAAGGAGAUCGGUGGUGA